GCCCACUAAGCUAAACGCAGCACCUAAGAGGGAAAACCCUAUGUUAUAUAUAAAACUCGAAGAUAUUUCUGUUCUGUGACCCUGCCGCCGUUGCAUGCAGCGUAGCAUCGAGAUGGGCGAAGGGGAAGCAAAAGCGAUGGUCCCAGAAUCGGUGGUGAAGAAGGAGAAAAGGAACGAGGAGUGGGCUUUGGCUAAAAAACAGCAAGUGGAAGCAACGAAGAAAAAGAGAUCCGAAACUCGGAAAUUGAUUUUUAGCAGAGCCAAACAGUAUGCAAAGGAAUACGAGGAGCAGCAAAAGGAACUAAUUAGGUUGAAGCGUGAAGCCAAGCUUAAGGGAGGGUUUUAUGUUGACCCUGAAACUAAGCUUUUGUUCAUCAUCAGGAUUCGUGGUAUCAAUGCCAUGGAUCCCAAAACAAGGAAGAUUCUGCAGCUUCUGCGUUUGAGACAGAUUUUUAAUGGCGUCUUUCUUAAAGUGAACAAAGCAACCUUGAAUAUGCUGCAUAGGGUAGAGCCGUAUGUUACCUACGGGUACCCUAAUUUGAAGAGUGUAAAAGAAUUGAUCUACAAGAGGGGCUUUGGAAAAGUGAACAAGCAGAGAAUUCCUCUGACUGACAAUUCUAUAAUAGAACAGACUUUGGGGAAGCAUGGGAUAAUUUGCAUAGAAGAUCUGAUCCACGAGAUCAUGACUGUUGGACCUCACUUCAAGGAGGCAAACAAUUUUCUAUGGCCUUUCAAGCUCAAAGCUCCCCUGGGUGGUUUGAAGAAGAAAAGAAAUCAUUAUGUUGAAGGAGGUGACGCUGGCAACAGGGAAAAUUAUAUAAAUGAGCUCAUUAGAAGGAUGAAUUAGUUUUCUCCUAUGGUCGUUACUAAAAAUUUUGAGGCUAAGACAUUUUUUGUUUGUGCAUUUAUUAUUUUGAAUGUGUGAGCUGAUUGAUUCGUUAUUGCUUAGUUAUUAGAUUUGAAUUUUGAUUCUUGUUCAAUUCGG